AUGGAUAAAUUAUUUUUUAAAGUUUGGAGGAAUAUUUUUAUUAAUAGAAUAAUAUUUAGGUUUAUUAGAUUUUUUAAAAAUUACGAUACUGUUGCGAUAGAUAGAGUUGAGGAUAUUAGAGAUUUCCCAUAUAUAGAAUAUUAUAAAACAGUUAUUUAUGAUGGUACAGGUGAAUUUAUUUCAGGUGAAGAUUUUCCAAAAAGUCUACAUUCAAUUUCGAUUUUAUAUGAUAAAUAUAAGUGUGAACAACCAAUAGAAUCACAAUUAUCAAAUGGAUUAAAGAAAUUUACAUAUCCAAGAUAUAAUAAUAAGAUAACCAGAUUAUUACUAUUUCCAACUUCAGUUGAAACUGUUAUAAAUGCAACUUUUAUAAGAGGUGAUAGAUAUGAACAAAACGAGUCUGAUGAUUUGCCACCUGAAAGAAAAGUUAUAAUUCCAAAUAAUAUAAAAUCAUUAUCAAUUUUCAGAUGUCCAAAUCAUAAUUUAUCAAAAUGGUUAUCAAUUCCAACUAGUUUAACAUCACUUGAUUUGGGACCAUAUUGGUAUAAUGGUAAUACAGAAUUGAAAGCAAACGAUUUACCAAAUCAUAUAAAGCAUUUAUCACUUCAUUUAAUGAAACUAUUAUUAAUAUUUAAAAGCGAUUGUUUACCUAAUCAAUUGGAAAGUUUAACUCUAACAACUUCAGAGAAAUAUUUUAAUGACGAAAAUGAAAUCGUUUUUCAAUUAAAUUCAUUACCUUUGACAUUAAAAAAACUAGAUAUUAGUCAUUUAAUUCCAAAAUUCAUAUUACCAAUUAAUUCAUUUGAGAAUUUAACUUGGUUAAGUUUAAAUUAUUCAAAUAAAAAACAAACUUCUCUAACAAGGGAUAUGUUCCCACCAAACUUGAGUACUCUAAUUCUAAUUGUUUCUAAAAUAAUAGUUCAACCAAACGUUUUACCAAAUUCAAUAACAUAUCUUAAACUUGUAGAUUACGAUUGGAAUUUUGAAAAUAUUUAUAAAUUUCAAGAUUUAAAUUUUUUUCCAUCCUCUUUAAAUAAAUUAAUUUUAAAUUGUAAAAUCCACAGAUCAAUUCAACAUAUUAAUCUUCCAAAUACAAUUGAAAAUUUAAAACUUGGUAUUCGUUUUAAUAAGUCAAUUACAAUUCAAUCAAUAACAAUACCAACAAGUAUUAAAAAAUUAACAAUUAAUUGUAAUAAAAUCGUUGAGAAUUAUGUUUUCCCAAAUUCAAUUAAAUAUUUAAAAUUUGGAAAAUAUUAUGGUUUUCAAUUUAAUUCCAAUUAUUUUAUACCAGAAAGUGUUGAAAUAUUAGUAAUAAAAUCAAAUCAAUCAAUAUCUAAAGGAUUUAUUCCUGAAAAAUUAAAAGUUUUAAAAUUAAUUGGUGAUUUUGAUAAACCAAUAAAUUUUCAAUUACCAAAAACAAUAGAAAAACUUAUAAUUGGUAAUUCUUUUGAUCAAUCUUUAAAUGAAACUUUACUACCUCAAUCAAUAACAUUUUAA